CGACGCGUAACGAACAACGCGCUGCCCUCUUCUGCCUCGGUCGAAACGGCGUUUGCGUCCACGGGCGCGGCUUUGCGUCUCCGAGCUGGCGUUUUACAUGGUAAAAUGUCCUCCCUCGACUACAUGGAUGUGUGUCGACUGUGUCUCGUGAAGGAUCGCGUUACCGUGCCGAUUUUUGAGGGCGAGGGUAACCUACGGCAGAUUUAUCUCAAGAUCAGCUCCUGCCUGCAGGUCAAGAUCGCCAGAGAAGAUAAAUUACCUCAAAAGAUAUGUGAGGAGUGUGUGUAUAAAGUAGAAUUAUUCUUUGAAUUUUGGAAUCAGACAUUAAACGUAGACAAACAAUUGCAACAAUGGCUAGAAAAUGUAGACAAACAGGGUUAUGCUGUUGCUACUGUUCUCAACCAGAGUGGAAUGAAAGGAGAACAGAGCAACGAGAACAGGUUAGAUGGUAGUGUGAUGCAGCAAGUGAGUGGGCAUCAGAGUAGUAUGAACAUGGGUAUGGACAAUAUAGGCGUGUGUAUGCCGAUGAUGAUACCCAAUAACAACCAACAACAAAUAACCUCAGUUCCUAUGGACACCAGUGGUAGCUCUGUGCAAAAUGUCCAGGUAGUGGCUGGAUCGAGUACACAAACGACACAUGACCAAAUUACACAAAAUCAAACGAACGCACCCACGCAACAAGAAGAAGAAGAGGAGAGCAGUGAAGACGAAGAAAACUCGGAUGACGAAUGUGAUGGAGACGAUGGCCUACCUAUCAAGGAAGAAAGCGAAGAGGACCCUAAUAACAGUAGAACUAUCGAGCCUACAACAUUUGUAAAUGUCUCUUUGGCGUGCGAAGACCCAGGCCCUUCUGGACUUCAGCAGCAGAAAAUGUCUGACAUACAGGAGAUGACACAGGCAACGGACGUGGAUCCGAAAACUGGGUACGACGAGGGCAAUCCCCGCGGCAUAUUCAUCUUCGACAAAGAAUCAGUGGUGAUGAAGAAGUGGCAGAUCUUGGAGUUCGAUGGCAAGCCGUAUUACGCGUUCGUGCCUGAGGAGGAGGACGCGCCGUUGCCGGACGAAGAAGUGCCGGAGCAGGUGGAGGGUGAAUUGGAGGACGAGAACGCGAACCUCGAAAUGAAAGAGGAAUUGGUCUUCGACGAUGAGGUCUACUACGACUCGACGGAGGAGAAGCCGUAUGACGACGAAGGCAAUGUCUUCAACGGGGACGUCGACGAGCGGGAGCAGGACGUGAAGCCGAUCACGCUAAACGGCGCCAGCGAGGACGACAAAACGAAUCUGUAUCAGGUGAAAUAUCAGGGUAACAUGGUGACCCUCGAGAAGCUCACGUCCGCGGCGCAGGAUCAUCAGGUGGUGGUGGAGACGGCGAAGGAGACCGAGGAAUACCCGACGGAGGAGUUUUACGAUUACGAGGUGGCGGAAGUAGCGGACAUCGAGUACCUCGACGAUGAGAUAACGGAUCCGUGCGUCGACGACGACAACGGUGGCGACUCGAAGUCGCCCGGUAAGUCGUCCAAGAGCGACACCGGCAACGCGCUCAAGUGUCGCGUCUGCUCGGAGACGUUCAGCUCGGAGAUCUCCUUCAGGAAACACGUGGCGUGGACGCACAAAAAGAAGGUGUGCAUCAAGGAGGACGGCGCCUUCAUAUGCGCCGUGUGCGACUACCGGACGUUGAAGAAGAGCCUGUUCGCGGCACACCUCGAGCGGAAGCACGAGACUUGGUCGAGGAAGCGGCCGAACACCAUGCUGUUUCCGUGCACUGCUUGCGGCUUCGUGUGCCGCUCGAAGCACUCCCUGCAGUCGCACUUCAUCCGCAAGCACACGGAUCGCUACGAGCACCAGUGCACAUUCUGCACGAAGAAGUUCAAAGUCAAGGGCGACCUCACCAACCACAUACGCUUCCACCACAAGGAGAAGCCGGUCAAGUGCGACGUGUGCGGCAAGCUCUGCCUGAACAGCGGCUCCUUGUACGUGCACCAAAAAUGGGCGCACUUCAAGCCCAAGUACGAGUGCCACAUCUGCAAGCGGCGCAUGGUCACGCAGGAGAACCUCGAUCAGCAUCUGCUGACGCAGCACGAGAAGCGCGACAAGAUCGUGUGCGCGGAGUGCGGCAAAACCUUCACCAAGAAAGACUCCUUCAAGCGGCACAUGGUCGUGCAUACCGGCUGCAAGCCCCACUCCUGCCUGAUCUGCAACAAGCCGUUCGCCAGGCGGUCGCAAUUGCGCCAACACCUGCUGAUACAUACCGGCAAACGGCCGUUCAUCUGUGACAUUUGCGGCAAGGCGUUCACGCAAAAGCCCGGCUUGAUCUGCCACCGCAAGACCCACCCCGGCCCGCACCCGCCGCUACCGGUGAUGCCGAUCGCGGACUUCGUUAAGGAAUUCACAGAGGGAUACGUGCAGGAGAUCAACGCGCGCGAGAGCGAAGAGAAGAUUGACGAGGAGGUAUAAACGCGCCUCCGUCGUCGUACACGCGAGUCUCGCGAGGAAGUAUCCGCGAAUCCUGGCUCUUCGAGCUCGACGAACUUCUGGCGGUGUGUUGAGAGGAACUGGAGACGCGCGAAUGACGGUGUGCUCGCUUCGCUGCUCUGUUGCCCUUCGUAACGGUGGUCUCCAAAUUCGAGUUCAGGAGGCACUUUUUCAUGUGUCUCUUAAAUUAUGUGAAAUGGUGGGAAAUAUUGAGAAUUCAAGUUUAACGAUAGAUCAAGGCCUGCAAAAUGACACGAGCCGGAAUCGGAUAAAAAUAUUUCCAAGGAGAAUUUUUGGAAAAAUUUCCGUUUGAAAAAUGUCGAAAGUUCAUCUCGCAACGGAUACGAUCCGCUGAAGCUGCAAACGCUUUGUUGAGGGAUUUGCAACGUGAAUUUGCCCUAUCCAAUGAAAGUUCAAUCGCACAAUAGCUAUUAGCUACAAUUUGACAAAAACAGAAAUUAUAAAAAUCCUUAUAACAAUCUUUUUAAAAUUAUAACAAUCUUUUUUCCUAAGAAAACGUUUUUGGCAGAAUUUUUUUCAAAUGAGAUUGUGUUUCAGAAGAAUUUUUUCAAACGAUUGUAUGUGCGCGAAAGCGGAAGCGCCCUCUUGAAUUUGAGGUCGUAAAUCAUACUUUUGGAGGACCAUUCGGCAAGAAUAAAGCAUACCGUUUUAUUCAUAUCUUGAGUUUUACUUCACAUGCCCGCAAAAGUUUAUCCAAAUCGAAGAGUUCGUGACAUUUCCUCGCGAGUACGCGAGGCGCGUAUCUUGAAUUCUUCCUCCUUCUAACGGAUAUCUAUAACAGCGCAAGCGGAUAAUUUGUUGCACGGUGCGAAUGACGAAAUUGUUAAAUUGUUCGGUAGGUUCGUAUUGAUUUUUAUGAAAAAAAAAAAUACAGUCCAAAGCGAUACUCCUUGACAGUUAGACAUAACUUUGUUUUUCGUCAUUUUUUUUAUAUCUUCUGCCAUCGGAAAGAACGGUCCAUGCAUUAUUCAAUGAAGUUAUGUCUAACUGUAAAUUGUACUGGCUUCGUAUCUUUCGCAAAGAUCCGUAUGAAUUUCUCGAGCACCGAAUAAUCGGAAUUUUCUUCGGCUUCGUCGGGUGCGUUAUGCACCUCGGCGUUACUAUCCGGCGAUUGUAAAGAUUUUGUAAAUGAAAUAACUGUUUGUCCCGACCUCUCUCCUGUGCGAAAUUGUCCCCAUCAAGCUAUUAACAAGCGAGAGUCCUACUGCACGCAUCACUGACGUAUCUGAACGAUACGAUACUUACAUUGAGAAUUUAUUCUAUCCCGUACACUUUCAAAAUACUGUUGGAAGUUAGCUUGACGUGAGGGCGUAUGUUUCUCGCGAUAUCUAUGUAUGAUAAAACACACGAUAAAAACAUGUGCAUGUAAUGUAACACACAUGUGAGGCAGAGAAGAGAGAACGAUCUUGAGAUCGGCACAGGCGAACGUAAGUGAUCGUUUGCGACCGUCGACGACUUAUUUGUAUGCUAAUUUGAAUAAAGCAAGAAUGGAGAUGUAAGAUGUA